AUGCUAUCGCAAAUACGCACCCGCCUCCAAUCAUGGUGGCAACAAACACCUUUACCAGCAGCUGCCGCAACACCUAACUUCCAGAAGUGGCAUGUCUUUGACCAAGACCAGUGGGUUUCAUUUGCCAGCGACGAAGCCACUCAGCUUGGCAUCAAACACCAGUGGGCGGGCUCAUUCCGCCUCGUGAGCUGGAACGUAAACGCCGAUGCGCCGUUACCAAAGUCUCGUAUGUCUGCAUUACUACGUGCCAUAGAGACUACAGGCGCUGCAGACGUUGUUUUCCUGCAGGAGGUAUCAAGGGAAGGUCUUACAGCGCUGCUUGAAGAUUCCUGGACACAGCAAAACUGGUACAUAAGCGAUGUCGAUGCCUCCGCGUAUGGAACCCAGAAGUUCAUCAGCAUCACGCUGGUCUCCAAGCUCUGGCUAGCCACAGAGGGUAUCUUGCUAGGCGCAAUCUGGAGGGUCGCAUUACCUAGUCGUUUUGGACGCGACGCGCUGUGCUGCGAUCUGAUCCUUAACUCUCAGAGCAAGCACACCUCCGGUAAAGGGUCCACCCGUGUCCGACUCGUCAACGUCCACCUGGAUUCGCUGCCAAUCAAUCCGUCGAUGAGGCCGCGUCAAGUCUCCAUCGGUGCGUCGUACCUCAGGGCGGCUGGUCGUGGGAUCAUCGCCGGUGACUUCAAUUGCAUUCUUCCGGAAGAUGACGACCUUGUCAGUAGCAACGGUCUUACGGAUGCGUGGGGAGAGCUUCAUCCAGACGACCCAGGUCAUACUUGGGGUGUAUACGGUGAACAGUCUUUCCCGCCGAACCGGUUGGAUAAAGUUGCUCUGCUGAACCUCCACCCAUCAGCUAUGCGCAUCCUGCAAACAAGCGAAAUGAGAUUCUGUAGUGGAGAGACGUCGGCCGAUGCAGCGGAACGGGGGUUGAACGCGCAUUUCAGCGAUCACCUGGGUCUUUGGUGUGACAUUAGCUGGGCAGAAGACCGACCGCAGCAGGAACGGUGA